CAACUUCUUGAGUUUUUGUUUCUUUUCUCGUUCUUUUAGCUAUAGUUAUGAGUAUUAGAAAGAGUUGGAAGCGUGCUCCUAUUGGCCGAGGCUCUUUUGGUGAUGUUUCACUUUUUACUAGUAAUGAUGGGGAUCAGAUUGCGUUGAAAGAAAUGAAAUUGGAGCCAUUACGUUAUCUAGAUUCUCACGAGAGGGAUGAGAUAAUUGUUAGAUUGAGGAACGAGAUCAAGAUAAUGGGGGAACACGAUCAUCCUAACCUUAUUAAAGCUCUUGGCCCACCUCCAGAUAUUCCCUAUCAUCCUCCUGAGGACAUGAUGCAUGUAUGGAUGGAGUUUUGUAAUGGUGGAGAUUUAAGAAAUGUAAGUUUACUAAUUCAGAGAAGGACGGGAGAAGAAAUUACGUGUAAAAUAUUUAUGUGUAAAAUAUGUCCAUUGUAUUUAAUGAAAAAAUGGCUAGGGGAGAAUUCUUAUUACGUUUUCUGA